UUUCCCUUCUACGUGACUUUACCGAAAGAAUCAAGAAUAUAAAAAUAAUGGUUGUGGAUGAAAACGCGAAACUUGUAGGCACCGCGGAGCCGCCGUAGCCGCCGGGGUGAGAGGUCACGGUGUGCGCCUUGGGUUUGACCCCGAGCCUCCGGACCCAGAGAAUCUCCGAGGGGACUCCGAGGGGACCCGGAGACUCCGUGAGACCCCCGGUGCCCCGUGAGACCCCGGUGCCCCGUGACAACCCCUGGAACCCCGUGGGACUCCGGGACAUCCUUGAAAUGCGUUUUGCCGGGCUGUGCCGCGGCCUAGCGAGGCGCGUCGGGGCGACUCUGGGCGGCGGAGGGAAGGACGCGGCGGCUUGGAGGGACCUGGCAGAUGCAGAGCAACGACGACAAUUUCAGAUGGCAGCCUUCACGGGGCCCACUCUGUUAAGAGGAGCGAGGUCGUCCUCCGGGUCCUCCUUCGCCCAGCCCCAGCAGCAGGACGAGGAGGUCGGCACGGCAGAGAACGAGGCGGUGCGGACCAACUUCGUGAACCGCAACCCCAGGAACCUAGAGCGCAUGGCACUCGCACUCAAGGACCGAGGCUGGGACACCGUGUGGCCCAACCGUUGCUACUGGCACCGGCUGUGUCUGGAUCGCACGCAGCAACACGUGUCGGCCUGGGUGGAGCACUGUAGCCGCCACGUGGUCGUCUCUGCCAGCACCCACGAGUGGGCCAUCAAGCGCCACCUCCACAGCACCAGCGACGUGGCGGCCGCCGAGAACGUGGGCCGCGUCCUGGCGCAGCGCUGCCUGGAGAGCGGGAUCAGCUACGCCGUGUUCCGCCACAUUCCCUGGUCCUACAAGAGCGCGGCGGUGCAGAGCUUCAAGAAAGCAUGCAAGGAGGGAGGCCUGGUGCUGAGUGAACCGCGACGCAUCUUUGUAAAAUAAACGUCAACACAUUCAACCCCCCUGCACUCUCUCACGUAUUCUGUUGCUGUAACGUAACCCUUUUCUUUUAUAUAAAAAAGGUGAACUCUA